GUGGAUUAUCUCAACAUGUCCCCGAAGCACGUUAUGACCCCAGUUCCCAAACCCACGUUCCCGAAUCACGGCGGCGGCGGCGAGGCUUUUCAGGCCGCCGGCGGCGAGGCGUUUCAGGCCGGCGGCGGUGCUGGUUUUUUCAGGCCGGCGGCUGUGCGGGUCUUCAGGCCGACGACGGCUGGACGAAGGCGGCGGCCGCCAUGGCUGUUAUGUCUGGGCGCCGGCGACGAACGGAAGAUGGGCGGCGGGGCCAACCCAAGGUCGACGAAUGGAAGAUGGGCGGCGAUCACAUCAUCACAGGAUGUGGAGGUCCCCAAGUUUGAUUUUGGGCUGCCCAGGAACCAGUUUGAUGCUGAGAAAGUUGCCCAGGAACCAGUUCGAUUUUGGGCUGCCCAGGCACAAAAUGCAGAAGAAGAUAAUGUCAAGGAUGAACAAGGAGAGACUGGACUGUAGGAUAGGAUGAUUCAGUAUUCUGUUUUCACAAGAUUUUUGGCCUGUGAUUGGAAGUGAUCGGAAGUGUAAUGGAUGGAGUAAUUGAUGCAUGUACUGAAUGUAUUAUUUUU